GCUCCACCAGCGAAGGCCAAGAUGCCCACGCAACCUCCGCAUCCUCCAAAGAAGGCUCCGGUGAAAGCUGCAGUGAAGGUGGCAAAAGCUCCCAAGGCACCACUGGCCAAAACGCCCCGAGAGCCUUCGACUCCACCGCCGAAAUCCCUAUCCUCCAGCGUGAUGAGAAUCGCCAAGGCACCGCCGGCGAAGGGGGGCGCCACAGUCAGCGUGACCAAG